CCGGCCUGGGGGGCGGAAGACCCUGGGGCGGGGGGCGGCGCUGGGCCUCGGCCAUAUUGAAUAGCAACGGCCAAAGUCGUCUUUGUCUGCGAAGUCCUCUCCCAAGCUGCAGGCGAGUCCCCGAGGCAGGAAGAGCCGCGGGGCAGCCCGUGCGCCCCAACUUGGAGCCGGGAUACGCGCGUUCACGGCUGGCGGUGGGCUUUGAGCCCCAGGACUGACCUUGCCCUCGGCUCACGUAAGCAUCCCGAGGGGGUUGAUUCCCGCCAGUCCUUGGUGGGGAGCCGGACCUGGCCAAGGCUGGACUUGGUUUCCCGCGGCCGAGAAGUUGGCAGGGGUUGGCUCACCCUUUUGUCUGGAGAGGUGAGACCCUCUGGGCAGGUCGGCUGAGACCCUCAAGACCCAGGCCUCCUUGUAGCUUGGGGUCACUGCCCCCACCCCAGCUUUCACCCUGGAGAUCUUAAAGACCCUGGAGAAAAGCCACGUGGGGGGCUGGUUCCCCUGGGGCUUCCUCCCGUCCCCCGACUGUCUGAUCCUUUGGAACAUCCCGGAUGUCUGCAAAGAUGUGGAUCUGGACGUCCUCGUGGAAGCCCUGAAACCCGUGGGGACAUUCAAGAAGAUCGGCAAGGUGUACCGCAGGGAGGAGGACUCCACGGUGGGGAUGCUGCAAAUCGGGGAGGACGUGGACUACCUGCUCAUCCCCCGGGAGGUCAGGCUGGCCGGGGGCGUGUGGAGGGCCAUCUCCAAGCCUGCCACCAAGGAGGCGGAAUUUCGCGAGCGGCUGACCCAGUUUCUGGAGGAAGAAGGCCGCACGCUGGAGGAUGUGGCCCGCAUCAUCGAGAAGAGCACCCCCCACCCGCCCCAGCCCCCCAAAAAGCCCAAGGAGCCCCGAGUGAGAAGGAGAGUUCAGCAGAUGGUGAGCCCUCCCCCGCGGCUGGUGGUGGGCACCUACGACAGCAGCAACGCCAGCGACAGUGAGCUCAGUGACUUCGAGGCCUCCAGAGACAAGGGCGACAAGGGUCGCAAAGGCCCGGGGUGCAGCAGGAGGGUGCGCAAAAUGCCCGUCAGUUACCUGGGCAGCAAAUUUCUGGGGAGCGACCUGGAGAGCGAGGACGAUGAGGAAGUGGUAGACGCCUUCCUGCGGCGAGGGGGACAGCAGCCCGGCGCGCCACCCGCCCGCCGCCGUGUGAACCUGCCGGUGCCCAUGUUUGACAACAGCCCCAGGCCACAGCUGUCCAAGGCGGACAGGUGGCGAGAGUAUGUCAGCCAGGUGUCCUGGGGGAGGCUGAAGCGGAGGGUGAAGGGGUGGGUGCCGAGGUCCGGCCCUGAGGGGGGCGAGGCCUGGCAGGCCUCCUCUGGGGUGGAGAGGGAUGGGACCUGGGAGCCAGGCAGAGCCAGCGGCGGGGUGAACGUGGGGGACGCAGGAGGCGGCCAGGUGCCUGCGACUCCCCCGAGAAGAUGGAGGCCCAAAAUCAACUGGGCCCCUUUCCGCCGCCGCAGGAGGGAAGAAGCAACAUCCACAGUUCAGGUGGCAGAGGCUGCGGACGAUCGGAGGGAGGAGGCUGUAGAUGAUCAGAGAGCAGAGGCUGCAGGUAAUCAGAGAGCAGAGGCUGCUGGUAAUCAGAGGGCAGAGGCCAUCCCUGUCCAGGGGGCAGAGGCUGAGGCUAAUCAGAGAGCAGAGGCUGAGGCUAAUCAGAGGGAAGGGGCUGCAGAUAAUCAGAGGGCAGAGGCCCCUGUCGUCCAGGAGGCUGAAGCCUCAGGUGCCCUGCUGGCCACAGGGGCAACCCAGGGAGCUAGGGCCCGGAAACAGGUCAAGACAGUGAGGUUCCAGACCCCUGGGCGCUUUGCCUGGUUUCGCAAGCGCCAGAGAGCCUUCUGGCACACCCCCCGGUUGCCAACCCUGCCCAAGAGAGUCCCCAGGGCAGGCGAGGCCAGGAGCCUUAGGGUGCUGAGGGCAGAGGCCAGAGCGGAAGCAGAGCAGGGGGAACGAGAAGACCAGCUGUGAGGCGCCGGGCAGGGGUGGCCCUGUAUCAGCCCCUCAGGGCGUGGUCCUCCCUCCCCUGCACUUGGACGGAGACGCUCUGCCUGCCCCUGAACUUGAAAAUGGAGGUGAAGCAAGGGCCAGGCAAUGAGCCUCCCACCUUCACCCAACACCCCUCUUGUAAAAAUUUUGUCUUUCAUGCAUUGAUUUUCUUGAAAUAUACACACGCCUUCUGGACACCCAAGGAAUGUAAAGAGAGAGGCCCAUAGGGAAGGGUUGGUUCACCCACGAUCUGACCUUCCUCAUAUGCAGCUCUAGGUGCUCAGCUUGGAAAAAAUGGGGAAAGCUGGGGAGAAAUUCCCUCCCCUCCCCCUUUCCCUUCUCCUUUCCGCAUCAACUGCCUCCUUGAACUGAAAAACUGGGUACAAGCCAACAUGCAAAUAAAAAUGUUUAGAAAGCGA